AUGGUAGAUGGCUCUCGCCAACGGCAGGUUGGGACGCAACCAACCACGAAUUCCCCCCUCGAUGCGGGUGAUCUCACAAAACAGUUUGAACAACUACUACGGACGAGAAGACUAAACACCUUACAAGAACGGUCAAGGUCUCGCACCGCUUCGCCCGCUCCUCAGUCCUUCGUUACAGAAUCAUCGUUACCUCACUCGUCUUCACCUCGCCCACCCACGCAACCACCCUCCUACUCUACCUCCCGAAGCUUCCCAAUCGUACCCUCUCCGCCACCGGACACACCUUCACUUAAAUUUCGCAGCCUCCUGCACGGUCUUUCUGUCACUCCAGUAAAUUACGAGAAUCCCGGUUUACUCGACGAAGCCCUUUCUCACGUCCCUUUGGAUCGACUAUAUACAGAGGCUGAAGAAGAGUCGCAAAUUCUGCAAGCAGAAGCCGCAAGCAUGGGCGAGAACGUCAAGCCCACCUGGGGAUACCAAGAUUGCGUUAUCAGAGCGCUUUUAAGGUGGUUCAAACGUUCAUUUUUUCAAUUCGUCAAUAAUCCACCAUGCUCGACAUGUUUUAGUCCAACAAUCGCGCAAGGAAUGUCGCUUCCAACGCCUGAUGAAGCCGCCCGUGGGGCCAACCGUGUUGAACAGUAUCGCUGUUCCGAUCCAAAAUGCGGGUCAUAUGAACGUUUCCCUCGCUACUCUGAUGUAUGGGCAUUGCUCCACUCGCGAAGAGGGCGUGUUGGUGAAUGGGCCAACUGCUUUAGCAUGCUUUGCAGAGCAGUUGGUGGCCGCGUUAGAUGGGUCUGGAACUCUGAGGACUAUGUCUGGACAGAGGUUUAUUCUGAGCACCAACGAAGAUGGAUACAUGUAGAUGCUUGUGAAGAGGCAUGGGACAAUCCACGUCUCUAUACAGAAGGCUGGAAUCGGAAAAUGGCGUACUGCAUCGCAUUUUCGAAUGAUGGAGCUGCUGACGUCACCCGACGAUAUGUACGCCACCCUUCGAGGCAUGGCCUAAGCAGGACACGGGUUCCUGAAGAAGUACUACUUUGGAUUAUUCAAGAAAUUAGACGAAAGCGGAGGGAAACUCUUUCAAAAGAGAAUCGUCGGAGAUUAAUGAAAGAGGAUGAGCGAGAGGAGCGCGAGCUGCGAGGUUAUAUGGUCCAAGCUCUCGCCUCCGAAAUUAAUAACCUCCUUCCAAACGGCUCAGUCGCUUCUCAAUCCGACGAGAUUAAAGAUCCUAUUACGACGUCCGACGACGCAAUGCAUUGGGUCCGUACCAACCAGUCCGGACAGGCGAACCCUGAUAGAUCACGGGGUGGCCGAUAG